GCAUGCGCAGCUUUGUACUGUAGCGUUCACCGGCUACGACAAUGGAGUCCGAUGUCCGUAGACAUCAAUAUGCUCGGUUUGAUAAAACGCCGAUUCUCUUAAAGGCACUAGUUUGUUUGUCAUGAAGUAACGCCAGAGUCCUUCAAGGACACUGCCGGCAACUGCGCACACACACUUAUUCUUCCCAUUUUAGAAGUAUUGGACUCUUGUGGGUUCACCUCUCCUGUGUGUUCUUGCUGUGGCUCCUCCAAAGGUGCUAUGCGUCUCUUCGUCGUCGUUUCCUCGUCCUUCUAAUUUUAACAAGAGUCUGAAUACAAGCUAUAUUUACCCCAAGAUAACUGAUUAACAAAAUGUCUGAGGUCAGCAUUGGGAAGCGCAAGGAAAAGUGUGAGAACUGCACCAAGCAGUGCAACAAGAAACAGAGCGAUGGCGCUGUCAGCUCACACCAAGAGGAAGAGCAAGUCAAUGGACUGGAGAAUGAGGGAUCACAGUUGUUGCUCAGUGCUUGUCUAUCCUGCGAUGGCUGUAUGUCCGAGGAGGAGAGCCUGAAGAUCUCUCAGCAGAACUUGGAGGAGAUGGAGCGGGUUUUGGCUCUCAACAAGAAGUGUGACGUGACAAAGCACAGGGUUCUGGUGGCGUCAGUGUGUCCACAAUCGCUACCUUUCUUCGCCGUCAAGUUUGGCGUGGACAUCGUUGAUGCCGCCGGUAAACUCUGCGGUUUUCUCAAGAGCCUGGGGGUGCAGUUUGUGUUUGAUACCACUUUGGCGGCAGGCUUUAGCAUCAUAGAGAGUCAAAAGGAGUUUAUUCAGCGAUAUCGCAGGAGGCACCAUGACUCCCACGCUUUGCCCAUGUUCACCUCGUCCUGCCCAGGUUGGAUCCGCUAUUCAGAGCGCGUCCUCGGGAGUUUGGUUACUCCUCACAUCUGCACGGCAAGGUCUCCGCAGCAAAUUAUGGGAUGUCUAGUCAAAGACUACUUCUCCAAACAGCAGAAACUAAAUGCGGACAAAGUGUACCAUUUGGUGGUGGCCCCCUGCUUUGACAAAAAGCUGGAGGCUGUCCGAGAAGAGUUUUACAACAGUCUUCUGGAGAGCAGGGAUGUGGACUGUGUCCUUACCUCAGGGGAAAUUUACUGCCUGAUGCAACAGAAGAAGGUCUCUGCAGAAGAGCUAGACUCUGUUCCAUUGGACCAUGUUCUUGGAGAAGGUGGAGACGUGGCGCUGAUUCGGCACGAAGGUCGCGGUUCAGAGGGUUUUCUAGAACAUGUGUUCAAGCACGCUGCCAAGGAGCUAUUUGGCCUUGACGUCCACGAGAUCACAUACAAGACCCUCAGGAACCGUGAUUUUCAGGAGGUGAUACUAGAGCGAGACGGCGAAAUGCUGCUGCAGUUUGCUGCCGUUUACGGUUUCAGGAACAUCCAGACCCUGGUGCACCGCAUGAGGAAGGGACGAGUGCCUUACCAGUUAGUGGAGGUGCUGUCCUGUCCAGGAGGGUGCUUAAGCGGCCGCGGUCAAGCCGAGAAUGAGACGGCAGGCCGCGUGGAUAAAAACCUGGUCCAGCAGAUGGAGGAGGUCUACAGCAGUCUGCCUGUCAGUCUCCCGGAGGUCAACCCAACUCUGCAGACCCUUUAUCAAGACUGGCUUCAGAGCCAGGAUUCCCAACAGACUUGCAAGCUGCUGCACACACAGUACAGGAGUCAGAGUCUGACCCCCUUACAGCCACCACACAUGCAGUGGUGAGGAUGAUGGAACAUGAAGAGACACCUUUGGUUAGUUUGGAAAUCUGCUCAGAUGAGCUCACAAACUGUUAUUGGGAGAAAUUAAGGACCACCCAAUACCAUUGAUCAAGUCAAGAGCGGGACUCAAUAGAUGCAGUUCUUCAAUUUGUCCGCUGGAUGGCGUUGUAUAUGCUUUGGCGACAAGAGAUAAGCUCAAAAUAAAAACUACUACAGUCCACACAAGGUUCUGGAAAUUGAGGUAGCAAAUGUGAUUUAUUUGUUGUUGCCGAGCAAUAAGAAAACUAAGAGAACGUUUAGCACAUUGGAAACCAAUGAUCUGAUCUUGAGGUUACCAAAUGCACAUUAGAGAUGUUGUUUUUUGCCAAAUCAGUCAAAAGGUUUUGGUCAGCUUUGCUGAAAGCGUACAGCAGCAGUGUUACAAAGAUAACUAUGCAAGAGUCUCAUCACUCUAUUCCAUCAGUACCAUGGCAAGUAUUUUUUUUUGUGUACGUGUUGUUUUUUGUUUGGUUGUUUUUUUGUUUUUUUUUGAUCGAAACUUGUGUUGAGCGUAGAAAGUGCAGAAAGCAUUUUGCAGCAUAUGAGCUGAGUAAAGGAAAGACGAGGCGCUGUGUGUGAUACGCACUUCCUUUAUGAACCACAUAGCUCCAUUUCAGCAUUUGUGAGAAAGUCAAGAUCUUUAGUCUGUCAACUGGGCAUCUAAACCUGCAUGCAGCCCUUGUUGCAAGGAUGAAAGCUCACUGGUGGAGCUGUGUGAUUGGAUUACUCUGCCUUCCCUCUGAGGUGAACACCUGGUCAGGUGAGGAAAAACAUGUUUUGGGUUGUUGACCCAAAAAUUUGUUAUUCAAAGAAGAGUGAUUUUUCAGCUGGUUACAGACACAUCAUUUUCACUGACCAUAAAAAAAUCAAUUUUAUUUCUCAAACUGCUUUAUAUGUAUUUGACUUCAGAUGCUUUUUUUUCUUUUUAAGUAGGCAAAAGGUACUGCAUCUGCUGAAACUACCAUGCAGCUAAUACACAGAUGUAACUUGUGUGUAACUACUUAAUUGACGUGCUCAAUAUAGAACACUUGUGAGAUGUAUAAACGAACGAUUAAAAUGACAAACUCAUUUUUGUGUAGUGCAGCAGCAUAAAUAAGAUUAAUAGAAGUCUAUUUCCAAAUCGCUAUAAAUCGAUUUUGAUCAUUUAAGAAAAAUGACAUUCAGCCGGAACUGCAGAAAAUAAUUAAAUCCUAUUAAAACAA